AUGUCCCGUCCUCUCGGUUUGACACCGGUAGACAAGCUAGAAUUCCUGAUCCUAGUUGACAAUUUCGUAGAAUGGCUAUCAGCUCUCCCUCCAGGAUUUACCCAAGAACUACCCCAACACAUUCUAUCGAAAGGUGUACCUAUAGACACAUUGACCGGAUUACCUGUAGUAGAUUUAGAUAACUAUUGCUGUGGUGCCCAUGGAUUAUCAAUCCUGAUUAAAACAACUAUAGGCGAUCAAACUCAUACAGUAUUAUUCGAUUCAGGUCCUGAACCACACUCGAUCGAACGAAAUAUCAAAUCUAUGAAAGUCGAUUUAACUCCAUUAGAUGGAAUAGUAUUAUCGCAUUGGCAUAGGGAUCAUUCAGGAGGAAUAACAAAAGUAGUAGAAAUGAGAGAAGAACAGAUAAUACGUCAAUCUGCACAAAGGAUCGAAAAUGUUACAGUAGAUUUACAUCCUUCACGACCUAUACGUAGAGGUCUCUCCAGACCACCAGAAUACAAACCUAUCUGUACCCUUCCACCUGAUCCGACAUUCACCGAAAUACAGGAUCGUCAUGGACAAGUGGAAUUGAAUGAUCAACCGCAUGAGAUGGUAGAUAGACAAGGAAACAAGAUGGGUAUAGGGAUAAGUGGAGAGAUCGAGAGAGUUACAAAAUUUGAAGUGGGUCUACCGGGAGCUUUAACUUGGAUGAAGGAUGAGAACGGGGAAGAGGGGUGGUUCAAUGAUCAUUUGAUCAAAGAUGAGAGAUACGCCGUGGUAGAUGUCAAAGGUCAUGGUCUAGUGGUAUUUAGUGCCUGCUCCCACGCAGGGAUCUGCAACGUCAUCCACUCUCUCCUCCCUCUCAACCGUCCAAUCCACGCUAUCGUAGGUGGACUUCAUCUCGCACCAAUUCAAAGUCAACCUGCCAAACAGACCGUCGAAUUUCUAUCGGAACGUAUCAUCCCUCAGCCGAAUUACGUCUUGCCUCUACACUGUACGGGAUUAGAGGCGAGGGCGAUGUUGAGAGAUAGACUGGUGUGGAGUGGGACGGACGAAGAUGACGAGAUCCUGGAUGAGGAGGGUGGGUUCAAGAUUGUUAGCCGAGUAGCUUAG